GGGGACACAUUUCGAUCAGGAGCCUGUCCACAAACCGCCUGAGGGACCAUCAUACCGAUAACACGGACCCAGAUGAUCACGGAUGGUGCAAGAGAGAAUGUCACCUUGCGUGCUGGUGUUUGGAGUUGCUCAACGUGACAAAAAUCGUGGGCGGGUGUUUGGACAAACGGGUUCCUUCCCAACAAAUUCCAGUUCAACCAGAGCUCCUCAUGGCGACUGAAGGGGAGAACCAGAAUGUCACGAAGACCGAGAAUAUCGUGACCAGGGUCACCAACCUACCUUUGGUCAGCUCCGCGUACGAAGUGUGGUCCUCCGUAUACCAGUACGCCAAGAAGACCUACCCCUGCGUCAACACAGCCUGCAACAUUGUGGAAAUGGUGGCUGCGGUCGCCGUGGGCAGCGCCCGUGGCGGGGCCCAACCUCUCCUGCCCCAUCUUGAGCCGCAAAUUGCAACCGUGAACGAAUAUGCUUGCAAAGGAUUGGACAGCCUGGAGAAAAAACUGCCAAUUCUUCAACAACCAACAUACCAGGUCUUCGAAGACGGUGUCACCUUGACCAAGACUGUGGUUUCGUCCACCGUCCACGCCGCUGGCGAAGCCAAGGGCCGCAUGACCCAGAAGGUGACCAAAGCAGUUGACCUUACCAAGGACAUUGUCCAGGACGGCAUCGCCUUGACCAAAUCCGUGGUCAGUUCCACGGUCAGCACGGCCCGGCACGCUGCCAAUGAAGCCAAGGGUCUCGUGACUCACCGAGCGGCCGACAUGAUCAACCUGGGCAAGGAGACCGUCAACGAGGGCGUUGACCUGACUCGGUCGGUAGUGUCCAAGACGGUCAACGCCGCCCGUCAAGUGCAGAGCUCUGGGGCUGUCCAGGAAGGCGUGGAGAUGGCAACGUUGUUCAGGCAAGCCGUGGCCAGCGGAGUGGAUACCAUGUUGGAGAAGACGGAAGAGUUGGUGGAUUAUUAUCUUCCCAUGUCAGCAGAGGAACUGGCCCAGCUGGCCAACCAGGUCCAGGGCGUCAGUUUGGCCUCCAUGGAUGAGCAGCGGAAAGAACAGAGUUAUUUCAUCCGCCUGGGCUCCCUCUCCAGCAAACUCCGCUCCCGAGUCUACCGGCAUUCCCUAAAUCGGCUUCAUGUGGUCCAGGAAAAGACUCAGGACUUGCUUGGCCAGAUCCAGUAUGUGAUAAACCUGAUAGAACAUUUGAAAGACAGCGCCGGGAGUCAAUUCCAGGAAGCACAACAGAAACUUCACCAAAUUUUGCUCAAAUGGAUCCAAAUUCAGCCAGAAGAGGAUCAGGAAAGAAGAGAGGCAGAAAACUCCUCACAGCAGGUCGAGUCAGCGACUUUGGCCAUGUUAAGAUCCCUCAUCCAAGAUCUCAGCCCUGCUUACACCUGGCUGAUGUCCACCGUCGAAGUGCUGCCCAGGAACCUCCGCGAAAGGGUGGACCAAACUCAGAGCAACUUCCACCACCUUCACCGCUCCUUCUCUUCCGCCGAGUCCUUCCAGGAUCUGCCCUCCGGCUUCCUCGCCCAGAGUCAGGAGAUGAUCUCUCACGCCCGGGACGUUCUCCGCAUGUUGGCGGAACACCUUGUCCAGAUCACCCCUCUGAAUUGGAUCGUGGGGCCCUUCCGACCCCAGGAAGGAGGGUCGGGGGCCUCCCGGGAGGAGAGCAGGACUGGGCGGCUGAAGGAGACGGGCAAAGAGGUCAGGGAAUCCCUGUCGGAGAAGGUGGCGGUCAAGAAGAUGAAGAGGAUGCAGGACACAACCGAGGUGGACCCAAGAGAGUCCACGGAGGCAAUGGGGGCCUUGAAGGAGCUGCUAGAGGGCUCCGAGGGGGCCCCCCAAGAGAAGAACUAGGACAGUGAUGGUGAAUCUUUUUGCGCCUGGAAUGAGGGCUCACCGCACCCCCACAUGCCCCAUUUUGGCGCUAGCAGGCCUCCCGGAAGCCUCCCGGAACCAAAAAUGGGGCAAGGGGGGCGCACUGCACUCCCACAAGCCCCGUUUUGGCACUAGCAGGCCUCCCAGAAGCCUCCCGGAACCAAAAACGGGGCAAGGGGGGCGCACCGCACUCCCACAAGCCCCGUUUUGGCGCUAGCAGGCCUCCUGAAAGCCUCCGGGAACCAGAAACGGGGUGAGGGGGGUGCACUGCAAUCCCACAAGCCCCGUUUUGGCGCUAGCAGGCCUCCCGGAAGCCUCCCGGAACCAGAAACGGGGCGAGGGGGCUCACCGCACUCCCACACACCCCGUUUUGGCGCUAGCAGGCCUCCCGGAAGCCUCCGGGAACCAAAAACGGGGUGAG